CGAAUUGCUUCCGGCGCAGAUACCACCGUGGGUCUUGGUCGUCCGGACAAGCCCCUAUCAAUCAUGUGAACCUCACCGUUCUCUAGUGCCCCAGGUCAUCAUGAUGAUGGCUGGUGGUUCUAUGUUCGCGUCCAAGGAAGAUGCGUUCAGUGCGUAUAUUAAGUCUUCUCAUAGAAGGCGCGAUGUAAAGUGAUACGUACGCGAUGACCAAAGUCACAUCAACUUUUUUGGUUAUUCGCUUGGUUGACUUUUCCUUUUAACUUGCUUCGACCCUUCUCUGUGUUUUGCUCGUCGUUGUAUCACUUCCACGACUUUAUACCCUGUAGCGACAGUCACUCCUUUGUCCAAACGCUCCUUCGCUAUACCUAUACCCCAAUUUCAACCAUCCCAAGCCUCACCUGACUUUCGGUCUAUAGUUCUCAAUGCUAAUGUUUUCUAUAUUCCUCCUCGUUGCUGCGGUCCUUCCUUUCACAGUUGGCGGUGCGCUUGGACAUAUUCAGCGUGGACGCCAUCAAGAGUUAGCACAGCGGGCGCGAGGCGACGUGGGUAUACACAAACGCUCUUUCGACAGCGCACGCUUCACCUUUUAUGACGUUGGCUUGGGUGCUUGUGGGCAGUACAGCUCUCCUAGCGAUUUCAUUGUCGCCAUCAACGUCUUCCAGUAUGGUCCUGGUUACCCAGGUCCGCUGUGUUUCAAGUCCAUUACUAUCUCCUAUGGGGGCAAAACUGCCCAGGCCACUAUCAUGGACGAAUGUAUGGGAUGCCCGAACGCCGGGCUUGACUUCUCUAAGGGUCUCUUCGAUUACUUCGCUCCUGAAGGUGAAGGCGUCUUGUACGGAACGUGGUGGUUCAAUGAUGACGUCAGUGAACUUCCUACGCCAUCCGCGAGCCCCGAAUGGACGCCCACGCCGAUCCCUGCGUUGUCCACGCCCACACCCACACCCACACCUACGCCUACGCCUACUACUACUUCUGAGACCCCCGCCAGCACUCCUUCUCCAACCGAAAGUAGCACUACUUCUGAGACUCCCACCAGCACUCCUUCUACAACCGAAAGUAGCACUACUUCUGAGACACCCACCAGCACCCCUUCUGCGACUGAAACCAGCCCCACUGCUACUGCUACAUACUCUUCAAUCUCGAUGGUGUUGACCUACGGCACAGAUAUACCAAUUCCUACUGGCGCCGUAGCCGUACCCAUAGCCGUACCCGCACCCAACGCUGCAAAUCCACAAAACCUCGAGGUUCUCGGUGAAGCCCUCGUCGGCAUUGGCAUGUUGGUUGCAGGUCAGCGGGGCAAUUAG